CCUGUGGUCCUUAGAGAGUCCGUCAGUCAGUGGUUUGGGUAGGUCUACGUGGUGAGGAGUGGGACAUUGUCGUGCACCUGAACACCAUGGAUGACUACCCGAUGUAUGGUUUACUCGUUGGGUUCUCCCUCUGAGGGACCCUUUGGCGAUUCAUGUUUCCGUUGGGAUUCUGGAACACAUUCUCCUGUAGGGUAGAGACCAAGGGUGGUACGACCACACACCCCUACACACCUGAAGAGGAGGCCAAGGCCGCCGCAAUCCUGAAGGAGAGGAGAGAGAAGAAGGAGGGCAAGAAGAAGGCCUUGUUGGAGGUGCAGGCGGCGAAAUUGAAGAAGAUUGAGGAGAAGAUGGCCAAAGAGAAGGAGAGGUUGAAGAAAGAAGAAAAAGUGAAGUUAAAAGAGGUGGAAGAGGAGGAGGAGGAAGAUGAACAGCCGUUGGAAAGGAGGAGAGAGCAACGAGGGCAGUACAGUGGGAGUAAAAACGAUGAAAUGGAAAAAAAGAUCUCAGAAUGGGUUGCUAACUUGUCUUUGGGAGAAGAGGAGGAGGUUGCCAUGUAUAUCCCCAAGGAUGAGCAGGAGGCCGCCAUGAAAGAAUGGGAUGCAGAGGAAGAUUCCCUGAAGCGGCAAGCGAUGGAGGAUGAGAAAAAGAUGGAGUGGAGGCUCAGGAUGAUGAGGGAAAAGAAGAGGAGAGUGGAUGCGGCAAGUGAGGCGGCCAAAGAAUUAGAGCAGGUGAAGAACCUGAGAGAACAGUUGACCGCCCAGGGAGGACAAUAUGAGUUUAGUAGAAGUCAGGAUAUGGCCGUGCGCUCGAUGCGGAUGGGAUUUCGGGAUUUUGCCCGCGAACUGGUAGGCGCAGUAGGGUCCGAGGUGAACCAUCGCCUCGAGAAGACAGAACGAUUCUGCGUGGGCGCCAUUGAAGGCGUCAAGUUGACAGCUCUCAAGGAGGAAGAGGCACGUCCUCGCAGGGAGCCAGUCAAAGUCAAGUUCCCCGAUUCCUACAGUGGAAAGAGGGGAGAGAACUUUGACAAUUGGGAGGCCAACGUCAAGACUUAUGUGCACUUGCAACAGGUCUCCCCGGAUCAGCAUGUGUUGAUUACAAUUCAUGCGCUUAGAGAUGAGGCUGCCAGUUUCGCGAGAUCCCUAGUCCGCGCUGCUAACUGCAAUAAUGAUGCAGUCGCCUACUCAUCGUUCACUCCCCUCGCCGAUUUCAUGAAAUUGCUGCACGAGCGGUUUGCUGAUGCGGCUCGUAGUGUCAAGGCCUCAGAUAAGCUCCAGACAAUCCACUCUCGUAAAUGGAAGAGUGUCAGGGCACUCAAAGGCGUAAUGGACGAAUUAGUGGCUGUUCCUGACCACGGGGUCACGGAGACCCAGUUGGUCAGCCUCUUCUAUCGGGCUAUGCCCGAAGCCUUCCGAGGGCUUUUCUUCGUGAAGAGCGAAGAUCCUGCCACCACUUAUGAUUCCCUUAGUCGUGAAGUGGUGGCUUUUGCGGCAAAGUCUGUGUCAGUUUCCACCUUCUGGCACAAAGACUUAGACAAGGGAAAGCAAUGGAAAGGUCGCACUAUCUCAGGGCAAGUUAAGACUAAGGAUAGUCUUGUCCUCACUCUAGAUGAAGGUAGUGUUGACGAAAUCCCCUACGAGCAGAUUGAGUGGGGGUUAGAGGACGAAGACAGUGGCGUGAGUCAAGGGAGGACUUACGCUGCUGUCGCGGCUGGAGGGAGGCCGCAAGGAGGAGGACGAGGCCAGGGCCAAGGGGGCCGGGCCUCAGGGAACCGUUCUCAGGGCGAUCAGGGGGUUGGCGGCCGCGGAGGAAACGGCCAAGCGGGAGGAAGGGGUCAAGACCCUGCUAUUGACAAGCUGCUGGAGGAUUUUAAAGAUCUAGCUGAGCCGCCGAUAGGAGUAGUUCCGCGGCCAAUCCAGCAUCGAAUCGAGAUAGAGCCUGGCGGUAGAACGCCCAAGGGAGCCGUGUAUAGGAUGUCCCCGCGGGAGUUAGAGGAACUGCGCACGCAAUUAGACGAGCUCCUCGAGAAGGGUUGGAUUAGGCCCAGUUCGUCUCCCUUUAGAGCACCUGUUCUCUUUGUCCUAAAAAAAGAGGGAGAGCUGAGAAUGUGUAUAGACCAUAGGGGUCUGAAUGCUAUCACAGUAAAGAAUGUUGAGCCGCUGCCUAGGAUAGAUGAUCUUUUAGAUCGAGUGCAGGGGUGUAAGUAUUUUACGAAGAUAGAUCUCAAGUCCGGAUAUCAUCAGAUAGAAGUUCAUCCUGAUGAUCAGUACAAGACAACUUUCCGGACUAGGUACGGGCACUACGAGUUCAUCGUGAUGCCCUUUGGACUAACCAACGCGCCAGCAACUUUCCAGCGAUGUAUGAAUGAUUUGUUUUGGCCGUGGUUAGAUAGGUUUGUUGUGGUUUACUUGGAUGAUAUCCUAGUGUUUAGUAAGACCCUCCAAGAGCAUCAGGAUCAUCUCAGGCAGGUCUUGGAGAAGCUGAGAGAAGCUAACUUCAAGAGCAACGCAAAGAAGUGUGAAUGGGCGAAGAUCCAAGUGUUGUAUUUAGGCCACGUCUUAGACGGAGACGACAUCAAGCCAGAGGAUAGUAAGAUUGCAGCGAUCAGGGAUUGGCCUACACCUCGUACAUUGACAGAGUUGCGGUCGUUCUUGGGCCUAGCAAACUACUAUAGGAAGUUCGUAAGGAACUUCUCUACUAUCGCUGUGGCCCUUCACAGAUUGCUGAGGAAAGAGACCAUCUGGAAGUGGGACAAGGACUGCACGCCUUCCAUGAAGAAGUUGAAGCAGGCACUGAUAGAGUACCCAGUCCUUAAGGUUGUCGAUCCGUCCUUACCCUUUGUCAUCACUACGGACGCUAAUCAGUACGGUAUAGGUGUUGUUCUGCAGCAAGACGAUGGCAAUGGUUAUAGGCCCGUAGAGUUCAUGUCUGCUAGGAUGCCUUCAAAGAAGGUUGCGACAUCGACCUACGAGAGGGAACUCUACGCUCUCAAGCAAGCGCUAGAACACUGGAAGCAUUACUUGCUUGGGAUGCACUUCAAAGUCUAUUCUGACCACGAAACGUUAAGAUGGUUAAAGACACAGACCAAGAUGACACCUAAGCUUACUAGGUGGGCCGCAGAGAUAGACCAGUACGAUUUUGAGCUCAAGUCAGUCAAGGGUAAAUAUAAUGUAGUUGCGGACGCUCUGAGUAGGAGAGCUGACUACUUUGGGGCUAUAGUUCACUAUCUCGAUAUAGGGGGAGACCUGCAGGAAAGAGUUAAAGAAGCAUAUGCGCAGGACCCUAUCUAUAGUGACCUCCUCAAGCGAGUAAAGGAGGCCCCUGAGACUGAGCCGGAUUACCGUACUACUAAUGGACUGUUAUUUGAGAAGACUAACAUAGCUGACCGUCUGUGCAUUCCCAAUAGUGAGGAGAUCCGUAGUCUGAUCUUAGGAGAAUGUCACGACACGGAAGGUCAUUUUGGUUGGCAAAAGACUCUAGCCAAUCUAAUGCACGCGUACACCUGGCCAGGAAUGAAGAAUGACUACAAAGAGUAUGUUCGCAGUUGUAAAGUCUGCCAGCGGAAUAAGACUACUACGCGUGCUCCGCUAGGUCUUCUCAGACCCCUGCCUAUUCCUGAUCAGCCCGGAGAUUCAGUGUCCAUCGAUUUCAUGGACGCUGGAGUCAAGAGUAGGCAUGGCAAGAGCCAAGUCAUGGUGAUCGUCGAUAGGUUCAACAAAUAUGCUGUCUUCAUUCCUUUGUCCUUUGAGGCACGAACGGAGUUAGUGAUCCGUAAUUUUUUUGAUCAUUGGGUCAGUGAACACGGGGUCCCAUUGUCCAUAGUUAGUGAUAGAGACACCCAGUUCACAAGUCAGAACUGGCAGGAAUUGAUGAGAGUCUACGGCUCCAAGUUGUUAAUGUCGUUUGGCCGUCACCCAGAGACCAACGGUCAGACUGAACAGAUGAAUAAUUCUGCAGCAAGUUCUGAGAAUGUACAUUAGACCAAAUCAAGUUGACUGGGACAA